AUGCAGAACUCGCCGACAUCGACGUCGUCGGGCGAAGACCCCGCCGAGAACACCGCCGACGAGGAAGAUUCCGAGGACUACUGCAAGGGCGGCUACCACCCUGUCCAGAUUGGGGAAAAGUUCAAGGACGGCAAAUAUACUGUCGUGCGCAAGCUUGGAUGGGGUCACUUCUCUACCGUCUGGCUCUCCAGAGACAACACAUCGGGCAAGCACGUCGCCUUGAAGGUCGUCCGCUCCGCCGCGCACUACACCGAGACCGCCAUUGACGAGAUCAAACUCCUCAACAAGAUUGUCCAGGCCAAGCCUGACCACCCCGGUCGCAAGCAUGUCGUCAGCCUGCUCGACUCCUUCGAACACAAGGGCCCUAAUGGCACACACGUCUGCAUGGUCUUUGAGGUCUUGGGUGAGAACUUGCUGGGUCUGAUUAAGAAAUGGAACCACCGAGGUAUCCCCAUGCCCUUGGUCAAGCAAAUCACUAAGCAGGUGCUGCUCGGCCUCGACUACCUCCACCGCGAAUGUGGCAUCAUCCACACCGACUUGAAGCCCGAAAACGUCCUCAUUGAGAUUGGUGACGUCGAACAGAUAGUCAAGAAGGUGGUCAAGAGCGAGCCCAGCGACAAGGAGAACAACAGGAACGGCCGGAGAAGGAGACGCACCCUCAUCACUGGCAGUCAGCCGUUGCCGUCUCCUUUGAAUGCCAGCUUCAACCACAACAACCUCUUCCCAACUAGCAACUCGAGCCUCAGCCAGGUACUGCACGAAGGUAUGCGAAUCCCCGCCCUUCCUACCACCGCCAACUGCACCACCAGCGUCGUGGACAUGCCACCACCUCAACUCAACUCUGCAAAUGUCGUCGCGGAAAAUCGUCAAACGACGCCUCCCCUAAGCGCGACGCUGAUCAGAAGACGCGCGAAAAGACAGCGUGAGCAUUACCCCACCCGACGAAAUAAGUGGAUGAGACCAUCUGAUGCUGACCGCUUUUUGUACAGCGAUCUACUCACGAAAGAAGUUUCGGGCAUCUCCCUCGAUAAGACGAGCAACUCACCUUCCUCCGGAGAGAAGCGCAAAGCGGAGGAUGCACAUGCAUUUGAUGUUAUUAGUGUCAAGAUUGCCGACUUGGGCAAUGCCUGCUGGGUCAACCACCACUUUACCAAUGAUAUCCAGACCCGGCAGUAUCGCUCACCCGAGGUCAUACUGGGUGCUAAAUGGGGCGCGAGUACCGACGUGUGGAGUAUGGCCGCAAUGGUAAUGACAAACACGCAGCAAGGCAACUUGAGAUACGCGCGCGAUGCUAACCAUGUGUUUGAACUGAUCACGGGCGACUAUCUCUUCGACCCACAAUCCGGAACCAAGUACGGCAAGGACGACGAUCACAUUGCGCAAAUCAUCGAGCUUCUCGGACCUUUCCCCAAAUCGCUUUGCCUGUCAGGCAAGUGGUCCCAGGAAAUCUUCAACCGCAAAGGCGAGCUGCGUAACAUCCACCGUCUGCGUCACUGGGCUCUGCCAGAUGUCCUCCGCGAAAAGUAUCACUUCAAGGAGGAGGAGGCGAAGCGCGUUGCUGAUUUCUUGACCCCCAUGCUGGAGCUUGUGCCCGACAAGCGUGCCAAUGCGGGAGGCAUGGCGGGACACUUGUGGCUCGACGACACACCCGGCAUGAAGGGUGUUCGGAUUAACGGGCUCGAAGUCGGUAGCCGGGGAGAGGGCAUCGACGGCUGGGCGACAGAGGUGCGGAAACGGUAG